UCACUUCGACAGCGCUUUUGUCAUCGACAUCACGUUUUCAUGGCGACGCGCACGCGCAUGUAUUCGCGUUUGCUUGCUGUGUUGUCUUAGAACUGAAGUUUCGCAAAAUGUACGUCUAGCUUGCACGUAUCAUUUACGCUUAGCUGCUCGAUCAGUACCAGUCAUGAGCCGAGACAAGAAAGUAAAGCGCUCAAAAACCGGUAACGAUGUCUCCAACUCCGGUUCGGGGCCGAAUCUCCAUAUGGACUACUUCCUGAUAGAGGAGGAAGACUCAAAGACACGUGACCCCCAGGAUGAUGAGGCUGUCUUCCGCAGGAUCUGCGGCGAGAUUCAGGCGAACAUGAAGAAGAUACUGGAAAUGAAACUGCAGCGUAGACCCGUGGCUGACGUUGAAAAACUUCGAGUGGAGACAUCCUUGCUGUUCCUGGGACUGAAGAAAAUCAAUCGCCUGGACAAGCACCGACUCAAAGCGGCAAAGGAUGCCGUCAAUGAGAAGAAGCAGAAAGUGGACAACUUCCACCUCCAACUGCAGAACCUGACCUACGAGGUGAUGCAUCUGCAGAAAGAGGUGACCAAGUGCAUGGAAUUCAGGUCCCGGGACGAGGAGAUCGACCUGGUACCUGUGGAGGAGUUUCGCAGGGAGGCACCAGCAGAGGUUCUCAAGAAGGUGAGAGAAUGCUCGAAACUGUGCUCAGCCGGAAAAUUGCUGAACAGCAAUUCCUUGGAGCAACAGUGCCUCAUGAGGCAGCCGCAGCAGUUCACGAGUGACUCCUCGGACGUUGGAUUCAGAACGCUGUCCCAGAAGCUGCGGGGCCUGGAGUCCUUGCGUGAGCAGUACGACCGCGAAAUUGAGCGCAAGCGUGAGUGCCUCUCCGGCAUCCAGCCAACACUGCAGGCAGUGCUGGAGGCAGCACAACCCCUGCAAGCCGACCUGGGCCUGCCUCUGCAGGCCCACCAGGGGGAGCACGCCAACGCCCAGUACCUGUCGAGGCCCCUGUACGUGCUGUACGUCCAGGCGGCCGCCUACCAGCAUGCCUACGGUGAUUGCUUUGAGGUUGGCAUGGAAGGCAGCGUGGAGGAAUCCAAGGCACUUCUUGAAACGACGCAAGAGAAGCAAGAGGAGGACAGUGGAGAAUCGGACCAGGAGGAAUCAAAUAAGGGAAAACGGCACAGGAGGCUGACCCGCAGUGGAACCGGUCUGUCCAGUGUGGCCAAGUGUCUUCAGAAGCACCCCCUCACCGUUGUGAUCACUCUUCAGCAUAAAGGGUACCACUUGCAGAUCACGUUUACGUACAUCAUUGCCCUGCACAUUGUCACAGUCACAGCCAAAGUCACUGAGCCCCAUGGUGUCUCCAGCGGUGUAUCUGCAAGCCCAGUGAUGUCCCCAUCCACGAUUCUUGACAACUUGUUUGGUGAUGACAACGGUCUCUGUUCUCCAAACCCCGGCAAUCAUUUUCAGCUCAAGAAAAACGGGUUGGAGGACUUCUCCAAGGUAGUGGCCGAGGUGGGCAAGGCUUACCGCUGGGCACAGCGCCUGGCAGGCCUUGAGUUUCUUCAGGGUUCCGUAGCUUCCGUGGUGGCCAACCACGAAGUGGGGAGGGCCUUUGUGGAGGAGUUUGCGCACUCCAUCGCCGCCCGCUUCGCGGCUCGAGUAGGUCUUUACGAGCAGCUUCUGUCCCUGGAAAAGGGCCUGGUGCAAGUUCCUGCCCAGCUAGCCAGUCAUUUUCCCAGCAAGGUGACCUCAAUGCUGAAGCAGUGGACGCAGGUGACCCAUGCGGACGUAGAGAGCCACCCAUCACACAAGGAGAUGGAAGAACUAGGCCUUAUACGAGGGGACGAGCUUGUCUACCAGGCCGUGCUUCGCCGGGGAUCUGCCAUGGUAAAGGCCUUAGUGCUGUUGCGUGACAACUACCCGAGGGAGGCACCCCUGUUUCUGCUGGUGCUUCAGCUGCGGGAGGAGUGCUCCAGCCGAGACGACGAUGCCGUCAAGGAGUUGGAGCGCGAGCUCAACCUGCACUGCGUGGAGCAGGGCAGGUGCAGGCGCGACCAGCUGCUGAGCUGUCAGCUCCAGCAGCUGCUGGUCUCCAUGGACAUACUGCUCGAGUCACUGUGCGACCAGCUGGACGCACCACGCGAGUUCUCCAGGGACAAGGUGCUCGCCCGGACGGCGAGGGGUCCAGGAAGAAGCCGGCCAUACAAGUUUCUCCCCAAACCGGGCAUUUUCACGCAACGAACAUAACAAUUUGUGUUAACAAUAUGAACAU